UAAAAAAUAGUAAAAUACAUAAAUAUUUUAUGUUUUAGAUCCUCAAAAAGUGCAAACGCGCAGCUUCAAAAUCCAGCUGAAGCUUUAAUCCCCACAAAUUUACUAACUUACUAUUUUUGCAAGACUUGCAAUAUCUCUUACGAAGGACUUCCUGGCUAUCCAACGACGGACUCAUUCAUCCGUACGCAUUCCAAGAAAUACAUAAAAAAUUCCAAGCCAAAAUGUCAUCCUGAAGCGAUGAUAAAAAAUUUUAAAUGUCAAUUGCACAAAUGUCGCCACUGCUCAUUUAGUUCUCUGGACUUCCAGCGAAUAGUUUUACAUGAAAAGUACAAACAUAGUCAAUUAACAAAGCAGUAUAGAUGUCGCAAGUGUUAUAAGGACAAAAUGACUCACGUGGAGUACCAGAUCCACUUUUGCAAGCCGGAAGACGUCAAAAGAAGAGAAAUUUUGAAGAAAGAAGCGGAAGACAAAGGGGAAUCGUCGCUCUGCGAAUUUUGCGGGUUCGCUACGCAGAAGAAGAAGACUUUGCAGUACCACAUCCGAGCCUACCAUACUAAGCACAAGUUCCACUGCACACUCUGCAAGAAGAAAUUCGUCACUGCGCUAGGGUUGGAGAAACACUUGGAGAACCACGUGGACUCGGCGGAGCGCCUGAAAUUUUUAUGUGACUUCUGCGGAAGGAGUUUUAGAAUCAAGGACAAUUUGAAGAAUCAUAUCAUCGGAGUUCAUAUGCACAUAAAGGAUUCAGUUUGUUCAAUCUGCAGCAAGUCAUUCGCCAAGAGAAACAGCCUCCGGCAGCAUCUCUUGCUCCACUCUGGCAAGCGACCUUAUAUUUGUGAUAUUUGCGGGAAAACUUUUGUCCAAAAGCCCGCGCUGACUAGUCACAGGAAAACUCAUCCGGGAAAACUCUCUCCCAUGCCUGCGGUCUUCAUUGACUCGUAUAUUAAAGAGGUUGACCCCGCUAUGGUUUACCAACAUGUGCUUCCUGUUCCUGAGCUUGAGACUCAGUCUUAGAAAUUUGAAGAUUAUCAAUCAAAAAAUUAAAUUUUAUCUUUCUUCAUUUUUCUUUUUUAAUUAUUAUAAUGAAGAGAAUUUAAGAACCGUUUUUGGCCAUUAAAUU